GCGGCGCGGAGGCGGGAGGCGUCCCUCGGGAAGUUUGAUGGCUUCUUUGAGGAGAGUCAAAGUGCUGCUGGUGUUAAACUUGAUCGCGGUGGCCGGCUUCGUCCUCUUCCUGGCCAAGUGCAGACCCAUCACGGCCAAGAGCGGCGACUCCUUUCAUGACGUCCAUCCCCGGGCAGAAGUGGUCAACUUGACGGCCCGCGGCAUCAGCUCCAUCCAGGACGCUGUGCUAAAGAGGCUCUCCCUCCUGGAGGACAUCGUCUACAGGCAGCUCAAUGGUCUGUCCAAGUCACUCGGUCUCAUCGAAGGCUAUGGUGGACGUGGCAAAGGGGGACUUCCAGCCACCCUGUCCCCCGAGGAGGAGGAGAAAGCAAAGGGACCCCAUGAGAAAUACGGCUACAACUCCUACCUCAGUGAGAAAAUUUCACUGGACCGUUCCAUACCAGAUUAUCGUCCAACCAAGUGCAAAGAGCUGAAGUACAGCAAGGACCUGCCCCAGAUCUCCAUUAUCUUCAUCUUCGUCAACGAAGCGCUCUCGGUCAUCCUGCGGUCGGUGCACAGUGCUGUCAAUCACACGCCGGCCCACCUGCUGAAGGAGAUCAUCCUCGUGGAUGACAACAGUGAUGAGGAGGAACUGAAGGCACCGCUGGAGGAGUACGUCAAUAAGCGGUACCCAGGGCUCGUGAAGGUGGUGCGCAACCAGAAGAGGGAAGGCCUCAUCCGAGCGCGCAUCGAAGGCUGGAAGGCGGCCACGGGCCACGUCACCGGGUUCUUCGAUGCCCACGUGGAGUUCACUGCUGGCUGGGCUGAGCCAGUGCUUUCACGAAUUCAAGAAAACAGAAGAAGAGUCAUCCUUCCCUCCAUAGACAACAUCAAGCAGGACAACUUUGAGGUGCAGCGUUAUGAGAACUCGGCCCACGGGUACAGCUGGGAGCUGUGGUGCAUGUACAUCAGCCCCCCCAAGGACUGGUGGGACGCUGGGGACCCCUCACUGCCCAUCAGGACGCCAGCGAUGAUCGGUUGCUCCUUCGUUGUGCACAGGAAGUUCUUUGGAGAGAUCGGGCUCCUCGAUCCCGGGAUGGACGUGUAUGGAGGGGAGAACAUAGAGCUCGGCAUCAAGGUGUGGCUGUGUGGUGGUAGCAUGGAAGUCCUGCCCUGCUCCAGGGUGGCCCACAUCGAACGCAAGAAGAAGCCCUACAACAACAACAUUGGUUUCUACACCAAGCGUAACGCCCUGCGAGUGGCCGAGGUGUGGAUGGAUGACUACAAGUCCCAUGUGUACAUCGCGUGGAACUUGCCUCUGGAGAAUCCAGGUAUUGACAUCGGGGAUGUCUCCGAGAGAAAAGCCUUAAGGAAGAGCUUGAAGUGUAAAAAUUUCCAGUGGUAUCUGGACCACGUUUAUCCAGAAAUGAGAAGAUACAACAACACCGUUGCAUAUGGCGAGCUUCGAAACAACAAGGCAAAAGAUGUCUGCCUUGACCAGGGACCGCAGGAGAACCACACAGCAAUAUUGUACCCGUGCCAUGGCUGGGGACCACAGCUUGCACGGUACACCAAGGAGGGGUUCCUUCACCUUGGUGCCCUUGGGACCACGACGCUCCUGCCCGACACCCGCUGCCUGGUGGACAACACGAAGAGCCGCUUCCCCCAGCUCCUCGACUGCGACAAGGUCAAGAGCAGCCUUCACAAGCGCUGGAAUUUCAUCCAGAACGGUGCCAUCCUGAACAAGGGAACAGGGCGCUGCUUGGAGGUGGAGAACAGGGGAAUGGCCGGCAUCGAUCUGAUCCUUCGCAGCUGCACAGGACAGAGGUGGACAAUUAAAAAUUUCAUCAAGUGAAGAGUGGAGAAGUCAGAGGAGUUUCACCUGAAAGAUGGCUGACUUGGACCAAUCCGUCUGGACUCCUUUGGAAAGGACAAAAUAUCAAAACAGAGCUUUAUUCGUGUUAUUAGGAGAGGACAUGGGGGAAAUGGGCAUUUGUGUCUUUAUUUUUAUUGUAUAUUAGUCUCCCACAGAUGAUUUCAGCUGUGUGAAAUUGGGUCAGAACUCUAAUUUUCUUCUGGCAAGCACUCUAAAAGGUGCCACUUAUUUCUGCUGAAGUAAGUGUAAUAAGCUCAUGCAUCCUUGUCGGCAUUUCACUGGCAGGGAAAUGCUGUUUUCUCAGAUGACUCCAAGCGCUCCCAAGACCCAUCCAGGUUUGUACUGUGAUUGAAGUCAAGAGACCCUGCAUAUAUCUGCAUGGCAAGCGUGCAAACGUGCGUGCUUGUGAGAGGGAAAGGUCACCAAGCCUUGAAGAAGCUGUGUUUAAACGGCGUGGCGUCUCGCUAGGUGCAUUGUAUCUUUUCCCUUUCUUGCUCCUGCAUCCAGCAUCCCCUUUGUUGAGUCUGGCAGAAACAGAGCUCUCAGAGACUCCCUGAUAGAUCCUGUAGAUCUCUCCAGUCCCCCAUAACAGAUGUCAUGUCAUGAAAUACAGUUGAAUAGGAAUCCUGAGCUCCCAUUGUCUGCUCCCCAUUGUGCCCACUUGCUGCUGUUGGCUCAACCAGCCCUGCGCUGCACCAGCCCCUCUGUGGAGACCCCAAGUGGAAAGCCCCACUGUUUUGGGGUCUCUUGGAUGCAUGCCUCAUAAGAAUUAACCCACAGCAGCCCAAGCAUUGCACAGCAGGCUGCUAGCGUGGCACUAGCCCCUUGGGGACUCCAUCACCACUUUUUUUGCUGUUGGAUGGAUGUGCUGAUGUGUGCAAGAGGCUGAGGGCUGGUCAUGUGAGAGAAAGUCCUGCUCAGGCUUCCCUCCCAUGGAGGCUUUGGGGUCUGUUUUAAAGGCAUCCUUGCCUCUGAAUGAAGACAUGAACAGUGGUAGUCUCCUUACCUCUGUAGUGAUGUAGUUUUCUUUUUGAGGCUUGAACACAUCUAUCCUGCCUGCUCAGUGUGCUUCUGCAGUGACGUAAGUUGAUGUAGGGAAGGGAGAGGGAGGGCAAGAGACCAGUAAAUGGCAGCUUGCCUGAAGUUCUUCAUCUUGAGGUCACUUAAGGCUUGUUAACACAGUGGGCCGAUCUCACCUGGUUUAUCUGACCUGCAGGAAUCUUGGGAACCAAAUCCAGCCACUGUGGGAGACUUCAGUUUGGAGUCCUGGUGUCUGGCUAACUAGAAAAGGGAAAUGUCUUGAAAAGUCAUUUCACAUGGAUGUGGGACCAAUGGGUGGCCGCAGGCUUUGCUCAGUUGAGAGGGGAAGCCAGCCCAUCUCCUGUCCUUCUCACAGAAUAAUACUCUUUCUGGUUGCCCUCUGGCUAGGGUGCACUAAAAUAUAUUAAUAUAUGAGAUGUACGUGUAAAUAUGUGUCCCAAAGAUGGGAUGUGCACAGAGUUGUUUGCUGCAGAGCACUCAUGCCUGUCUUCCAUUUGCAUCGGGAUAAUGCUACCUGGGUGUUUAAUGAGUUUGAUUUUCAAAGCCAUGCAGCAGGUUUAUGACUGAUGUUUUAGUAAUUUAUUGAACAGAAACAGAUAUAUUUCAUUGUUCCUUCUUACAGCAUCAUAUCUGAUUGUUCACUUACACGUGACAAGACUCAUUGGAGUUGUCUCUGGGUUUUCUCCCUUGCCUUCCGUAAUGCAGUAAAACCUCCUGUUGUCCUGAAUUGCAAAGUAGGGACUCAAUGUAGAAUUUUGCUCUCUUACUCGCUGUUGCAUCAUCUCUCGUGUAAUAAAUUUUAGCACUUAUGAAACAGACACGAUUGCAAUGUCUUUAGAUGCAUGAGGUGUUUCCCCUGCAUUUGUUGCUGCCUUCUAAGAGAAACCAUUUGCCAAUGGAGAGGACUCCAAGAAAGUCUGGGGAGUUUGAGACUUAACAGCUAGUGGCCAAAAUGUAAAAUUCCCUUUUAAUUGAGCAGUCAGUUGCUGUCAGUCAUCAGUGGAAGCCACGUAUUAUUUAGCACUGGGAAAAGCCUGCAUGUUUUGGAGGGGGUGGGGGAGAAAAAGGAAUCCUUUGGAUGUUGCUGUGCUACCAUUCACGCUUCUCAGCUCCGCU